AUGGAGAGGAAAAGCAUAGCCAACAAAGUGCACUGUUUGGUCUUAGCAUAUCCAGCUCAAGGUCACAUUAAUCCCAUGCUUCAGUUCUCAAAGCUUUUACAUCAUGAAGGGGUGAGAGUAACACUGGUCACCACCCUUUUCUACAGCAAGAACUUGCACAAACUGCCAGAUUCCAUUGCACUUGAGACCAUAUCCGAUGGUUUUGACAAUGGUAGGAUUGGAGAAGCAGAAAGCUUAAGGGUCUAUUUGAAACGCUUUUGGCAAGUAGGGCCACACACUCUUGUGGAGCUUCUUGAGAAACUUGCUAGGUCAAACUGCCCUGUUAACUGUCUUAUAUAUGAUGCAUUCAUGCCUUGGGCUCUAGAAGUUGCAAGGAGAUUUGGUAUAAUUGGUGCUGUUUUCCUCACUCAAAAUUUGGCUGUCAAUAGUAUAUACUACCAUUUCCACCUUGGAAAGCUCCAUGCUCCCCUUACUGAGCAAGAGAUUUCUCUUCCUGCACUGCCCCAACUUACACUUAAGGACAUGCCAUCUUUCUUCUUUAACUAUGUAGAAGAUCCAUCUUUUCUUGAACUCUUAGUGGGUCAGUUUUCUAACAUUGACAAAGCUGAUUGGCUCUUGUGCAAUUCCUUUUACGAGCUGGAAAAAGAGGUUGCUGAUUGGUCAAUGAAGAUUUGGUCGAAACUUAGGACCAUAGGACCAUCCAUACCAUCCAUGUUUUUAGACAAGAGAAUUAAAGAUGAUGAAGAUUAUGGUGUUGCACAAUUCAAGAGUGAAGAAUGCAUGGAAUGGUUAGAUGACAAGCCAAAAAGGUCUGUUGUUUAUGUUUCUUUUGGGAGUUUAGCAGUGCUCGAUGAGGAGCAAACAAAAGAACUAGCAUGUGGUUUGAGAGACGGUGGAAAUUACUUCUUGUGGGUGGUUAGAGCCUCGGAAGAGACUAAGCUCCCCGAAGGUUUUGAAAAGAAGUCAGAGAAGGGCUUGGUAGUGACAUGGUGCUCCCAACUAAAAGUUUUAGCACAUGAGGCUGUAGGGUGCUUUGUAACACAUUGUGGUUGGAACUCUACAUUGGAAGCUCUGAGCUUAGGAGUUCCAAUUGUUGCAAUGCCACAAUGGUCAGACCAAGCGACCAAUGCUAAGCAUAUUGUAAAUGUUUGGAAAAUAGGAAUCAGAGCUUCAGUUGAUGAGAAACAAAUUGUGAGAAGAGAAGCAUUGAAACAUUGUAUAAAGGAUAUAAUGGAGAGCGAGGGAGGCAAAGAAGUGAAGAAUCAUGUCAUGCAAUGGAAGGCUUUGGCUGCAGGAGUUUUUGGUAAGGACGGAAGUUCUCAAAAAAACAUUGCAGAAUUUGUGAAUAGCUUGUUUCAUUUAACGAGAAGCAGCCCUGAAUCACAAAUUAAUACUUGA